UCAAUAUGGAUUUUACAUAAUAUUUUUUUCGGUUUUUAUUUGCUGUGCGACUGCUUCAGAAUCCUUAAAAGACGCUUGGUACCGGCUAUUUGGUCAGUUAACUUUAUACAAGUCUUGAGAAUGGAUCUGCAGGAGUAUGAUAACAACAGCGGCGGGCGUCGUAUUAUACAAGUAAUGAAAUUGUUGGGCCUAUGGUACUAUGAGGGCAGUGCAAAAAUGCCUUACCUACUCUACUCUUGCCUGCUACACUUCACCAUCAGUAUACCGUUCACCAUAUUCAUGGCCAUGGAUGUGGUACAUGCAACAGAUUUGGAGAAAUUCACAAAUAUCAUGUAUUUGACACUAACCGAACUGGGUAUGGUGGCGAAAUUGUUCAACGUCUGGUUCUACGCUAAACUAUUGGUGGACUUCUUCGAAACACUCUCCGGCGAUAAGUAUUUUGAGCUCAGAGAAAAGGAUGAGCGGCUAAAAUGGCAGCAUGCACAAAGGACUUACGCUCGUAUAGUAUUAUUUUAUGUCUUCAUAGGUCUUGGCGCCAUGUUCACAGGAUUCGUUGGUGUACUUUUUAGCGCGAAGUACGAAUUGCCGUUUCCGUACGCGCCACCAUUUAAUUGGCAUACGCCGCAUGGCUAUUGGUGCGCCUACCUGUAUGAGUUGCUGGCAAUGCUCAUCACUUUCUUCGCCAAUUAUGGUUUCGAUAUGAUACAGUGUUAUAUGUUGUUGCAAUUGUCAUUGUGUUUCAAAUUGAUUUGUGGUCGUCUGGAGUGUAUGGGCGAAUUACGGUCGGGUACAGCCGUGUCGCGGGGAUUUAGUGAGCAGCAGCUGUACAGACAGUUUGUGGACAUUGUGAAGCUGCAUGCGCGUAUAAAGAAUCUCUCUCGGCUGUGCCAGACCUACAUCUCGUUUCCCUUUCUCAUACAAAUUAUGUGCUCGUCUUUUGUGCUUUGCUUUAGCGCUUAUCGCUUGCAGAAGUUAUCAAUUUUAUCCGAUCCCAUGCAAUUUCUUACAUUUGUUCAAGUGAAUUUGAUUAUGAUUUUGGAAAUCUUCUUACCCUGCUACUAUGGCAAUGAGGUCAUAGCGCAAUCCAGCGCAUUGAAUAAUGCCACCUACAAUUCCGAGUGGUUUCGCUGUUCGCCGGGUUUGCGCAAAUAUUUGGUGAUUUAUAUGGCAAUGCUGCAGCGUCCGCUACGCGUGCGUGCUGCUGACUUUUUCGAUAUCAGUUUGGAGAUAUUUACGAAUACCAUGAAGAAUACCUACAGUUUAAUGGCUUUGCUGUUGAAUAUGAACAACUGAGAGGCUAAAGAUCAACAAGGAG